AUGACAUAACAUAACAACGUGGGUGGAAGUAACCGAGAGAGUUUCCAUUGAAGUUUCAUUUUCUUGAGGAGAGAGAAAGACAGUGAGAUAUAGAGAAAGAAAGAGUGUUAUCUUAUCAUAGCAUAACAUAACUCAUUCUCAUGAACCCAAAUUUCAUCUCUUUCUCAUUUAUAGUUCUUCUUUUGGUUUCUUCACACCCCUUUUGUCAGAAAUUGCAUUCUCAUCAUUCAAUUUAUCAUUAUUUUCUCUCAUUAACAAUCUUUUGAGAGAGAGAGAGAGAGAGAAAAUGUUUGUUAAGAAUUGAAAGAUGAUGAUUGAUUGAUCCACUACCCACUUUAUUUGACUUUGGAAUCAAUUCAAUUAUCAUUCAAUAAUUUCCCCUAUCAAUCUUUCAAUUUUUCUGAGUUUUUUUGGGUCAUUGAGUUUUUGUACAUUUUCAUUUGGCAUUUUGUUUGGUGUUUUUGAUUCCACAAACCAAAUCCUCAAAGUUUGUUUUUUUAUUGUGUGGUUCACUUUUUUGUGUUGAUCAAUUUCAUAUUUGUGAUAAUGGGUUGUGUAAGUUCCAAACAAAAGAGAUGUAAUCAUUGCAACAUACCUUAUUGCUCUGUUUCUAGAAGCUACACAAUGCAUGUACAUCAUCCACCUCAAAGCAAAGGAGAUAGUUAUCAUCUUGUGGCAUUGACAUCAACAACAUUGGGUUCUUUGGAGCUUGUAUCUCAUAGUCAAAGCAAUGGUUUUGUUCCGACCGCACGUUCGUUGCACGCAGACAAUAAGCAGUGCAACGAAUUUGAGGUCGGAACAAAUUUCAUGUUUUCCGGUGGAAAGGUUAGUGAGAGCUUCAAAGAGGAGGAGGAAGAGAAUGAGGCCAAAACAUGGUCUAGUAUGAUUGUGGAGAAAUUGCCAAAAUCUAUUGUCAAUAAUCAAAUCACAAAACCAACUUGUGGGCUUGAUGAGAAGGAGAGUAUCAUCAACACAUGGGAACUAAUGGAAGGUCUUGAAGAGACAACUCCUUUACAAUCACCAAAUCACUUAGAAGAUUUAUCUUUUGAGGUUGUCAAUGUUGAACCACAAAAGACUAGUAUCAUGGUGAAUGAUGAUGAUGGCAUUGAUUUACACAAACCCAAGUUGGAUCCAAUGAUUGAGUUGGAGGGUUCAAAUGAUUCAAGUCUCAAGGUUAAAGUUUUAGAUUUUGAUGAUUUUAAAGUUGUUUCCUCAUUCAAGGAUUCAUUUCACGAGAAGCAAGAAGGGAUGGAUAAAAAGAUAUCCUUUUUUGAGGAAAAGAAAAUCAAUGAUGAUGUUUUUGUAGAUUUCAAGGUUUCCUCACAUGGGAAGAAGGAAAAAGUUGUCUUGUAUUUCACAAGCCUACGUAUGGUGAGAAAAACUUAUGAAGAUUGUUGCAAUGUGAAGAUAAUUUUGAAAGGCUUAGGCAUAAGGGUUGAUGAGAGAGAUGUUUCAAUGCAUUUAGAAUUCAAAGAAGAGCUCAAAGAGUUACUUGGUGAAGAGUAUGGCAAAGGAGGAUUACCAAAGGUGUUUAUUGGAAGGAAAUACAUUGGUGGAGUUGAGGAAAUUCAAAAACUUCAUGAUGAUAAGAAGCUUGAGAAAUUACUUGAUUGUUGUGAAAAGAUUGAUAAGAUUGGAGGAGGAGGUGAUAAUGGUGGAUGUCAAGUUUGUGGUGAUAUAAAGUUUGUGCCUUGUGAAACAUGUUAUGGAAGUUGUAAAAUUUACUAUGAAGAUGAUUGUGAAGUUGGAGAGUUUGGAUUCCAAAGGUGUUCUUAUUGCAAUGAAAAUGGACUAGUUAGAUGUUCCAUUUGUUGUUUAUAGUUCAAUAUUUUGUUUUGACAUUUAACUUAGAUACUUAGGAUCAAUGUUUGAGUUGUGUUGUGUGUUCUAUGUGUGAUUUGUUUAUAACUAGAUUUUUGUGGUAUAGUUAAGUUUGGAUUUAGUUGAUUAUAUAUAAGACAAGAUCAAGCAUAUAGAAGGGUGAAUCAUUAUGUAUGAUCGGUUUAUAGUGUAUACUUUUUAUUUUCCAUUUUACAUAAAACAAAGAUGGCUUACAAUUUCAUUUCUUGCAAUAUAUGGUUACAUGACAACAAUUGCAAGAGUAUAGUUUCAUUCUACAUUCUUUCACUUCAUAAUAUGUUCUUCUCCUUUAGAUAAUUUCAAUAUGUUAUGUUGUGAUUACACUUGAGAGCUUGAAUUUUAUAUAGGU